GAAGUCCAACAUCAAAAUAAAUAGUCCUUAAACGAUAACUAUGUAAAAUAAUACGAAAUGAACACUUUAAAUCUGUAACACAGUCUUGAGUUUCUUUGCUGUGUUGUCGUUCCUCAACACUUUAAUUUGACAGUAAGCAUUAACGGCCAUUUCUUGUCGGCAUGAUAUUGAAAGGUAGCAGCGGAAGUAGUUCGAACAAGUAGACACGGUAAAUUUAUUCUUUUCAAAAGCGUGUUAUCAGUUUGAACAAAUAGACACGUUGGAUUCGCUCUUUUAAAACAACGUAAAAUAUGACUUUGUAGGUCCCGCUCCCCAAAAGACACCUGGAGAGAUGUGGCUUAUGCUGCUGCUCGGCGCCCUGCUGGCUCUCUUCUGCAGCCUGGACGUGUGGUACUUUGCGCGGGCCGCCGCGGCGGUGGUCCACGCCUGGCUGCAGCCUCCCGUGCGCGACGUGACGGCCGAGCAGGUCACCACCGGCCGGGUGGCCCCGCGCGACAUCGACAUGUGUCACAUGAACAACGCUCGCUACCUGCGCGAGUGCGACUUCGCCCGCUUCUCGCUGUACGUGCGCAACGGCGUGUUCAAGGCGCUACGGGCCCUCAAAGCCUCCAUGGUGGUGGGGGCGAGCACCAUCCGCUACCGCAGGCCGCUUUGCGUCGGCGAGGCGUACGAGCUGCGGAGUCGGGUGGUGACGUGGGACGACAAAGCCUUCUUCCUGGAGCAGAGGUUCGUGUCGAGCAAGGACGGGCUGGUGUGCGCCGUCAUGUACUGCAAGCAGACCGUCAUACGCAGCAGCCCGGGCAGCAUUGUGCAAUAUCUCUGCAAGCGGAAGGUGGAAUGUCCCGAAUUUCCAGAGGACCUUCAGCACUGGAUCAACUUCAUCUCAGCCAGCAGUCAGAGCCUCAGAGCAGAGAGCGGCCUUCAGGAGAAAGACAACUAAGCACGGACGUUA